CUCAGCGGCCGGCACCGGUGGAAGUGCAGAGGUGAAAGUUCGCAGCUGCGGAGCAGUGCUGGAAAGACCACAAGUUCAGUGAAAUAUGAGUGAAAAUCAAGAUUAUGCAGAUUUUUUUCAAGACACCAAGGCUUCAUAUGUACUCAGCAAUGUCGCUGAGGUGGUUGAGCGGAUUCUGACGUUCGUACCAACCAAGUCGCUUCUCCGGAUAGCGAGUGUGUGCAGACUAUGGAGAAACUGUGCCCGCAGAGUGCUCCGGACCCAGCAGCAGCUGAGCUGGGUGUCAACCUGCGGACCAUCCCUCACAGAGGUCCAUGCUCUCUGCAACGUCCUGGCUGAAGAAGUGGAGAACGUGUUUCUCCUGCCUAAAACAGUUCUGGCAAUGGUCGACUGUGAGGCCUUCAAUGGACAAGCCUAUUGCUACAGACAAAAUAAAGCAAAAAAGAGUCGCCACAGUCCAGACUCAGUUGAAGAACUGACCAUGCUUUUUCCCAAAGGCUGUGACAUCGUGGGCAUUGUGACACCAGGCAUCGUCUUGACACCAAGUGGCUCUUGCUCCAGCCCUCCCCAGGAGCACCAGGAGGGGGAGGCUGGCUUUGCAGUCAUGUUCCCCAACACUGAGGGUGUUCACAUCAAGCCUUUUCACUUUUGUAAGAAGACCAUCUCUCCAACAGCCCUAAAAGAUGCAGGACUAGUUGACAACCCAGAGCUGCGUGUGAUAAUGUUAUUUGUUUACGAGGCAUAUAAAUCUGGAGGAGCUCACUUCCUCAACCAGAUACUAGGGCCGCUGGGCAAGAGCAAAGCUCUGAUCACUGGAGGGAUAGUCGAAAGUGUCUUCACUCCUCCAAGACACUGCUGUAGCCAGGGUGCCUAUGGUGUGGUGGGCCUGUCUCUGAGCGGCCCAAAGGUACAGGGGGCAUCUGUGCUCUUGGACCAAGAUGUCGGCACCCCAAAAGCAGCUGAAGCCGCGAUCCGACGGCUAAAAGCAGCCAAAAUCCCAGAGAAAAACACCCUGGGGUUCAUGUUUGCUUGCGUGGGAAGAGGGCAGAACUACUACAACAACCAGGCCAAUGUCGAGGCAGACGCUUUUCACAAGGUGUUUCCCAGCACACCGCUCUUUGGCCUGUUUGGCAACGGCGAGAUCGGCUGCGACCGAAUCAUUAAAGAUGACUACACGCUGUGCGACACCGAGACGGACAUCCUGCAGCACGAGUACACUACCGUCAUGACCCUGGUCCAUCUAGGCUGACGGUCCUGCCGUAACAGUGAACAAACGGGAUGAAAGACGACCCAUCAUGCUCUUGCUUUCAGUUGGGAACAACAAACAUUAUGUACAGAGUGGUACCCACAUUACAGCUCAGAAUAUUGCUGUCACCAUUUCUGCUCGUGAAACAGGAAAAUGAUCCCUUUAGCCAUCACUGUAAUGGCAGCAUUUGGGAAAUCGUGUCCCUUGGAGAUUGUGCGUGAACACAGCUUCAUAUUAAAACUAGCAAGUCUCACACAGUUCAGACAUAAAACACAAACUCUGGGUGUGAUAGAGUGCUCUUGUAAAAUAAAUUUGUAUAUUUUCCCCGUAUUACGUACGUAUUGAAGGCAUAUCUUCCCCGCAGACAUCAACUUCGUGGCUGUUUGCAUUGCAGGUGAGUAAAGUACACGUUUGUGUCUCUCAAGCUUUGUUAUAGUUAUUGAUUCAGCAAAGGCACUUUUUCGUCACGUGAGUGAAAUGAUGUGGUCAUUCUUCCAUAUAAUCAAGGUCAUCUUGAUUUGAAUGCUCUUCCUUCCUUGCGCAGGUUUUACACAUUUGUCUUAAUGGAAAAAUGAAACCAUGUUAGCCUAUGUAAUAAUACUCAUAUCUGUCCAUUGUACAGCUGGAGAGUAAAGUUAGAAUUUUGCAGUGCAUCUUUUUAUUUUUCCACGUCGGGUCCCAUCUACUAGUUCCUACUUAAGUCUGUACACAAGAGAACAGGACUGAAUGGCUGAUGCUGGCUGACAGAAACUCUCACUUUCAUCUCAGUUUGGUCUGUACUCCUGUAAUUUUUGGCUUUAGGAGGCAGGUGUUAGUGGUUGGAACAACUGCUCAAAGUUAGGAGGGAAGAAGAGAGUUAUGCUUUUAGGUCAUUAGAUGUGAAGUAUUUUGAGUAUUAUUUUCGAAUUUUAGAAAUGGUAAAGGUUUGUUUUAAGCCCUUAUGCCGAGUUGCACAUUUGGUAAAAGCUGUCAGAAAUCUACUGAUGCUGUGUUAUGUAUGAAAAGCGUAGUGGCCUCUGAAAAUCCACUGAAUGGUACCAAUCCUGUUGAGAUUUUUUCCUAGACGGCUCUGUCAUUUGAUAUCUUGCUAUUUCUCCAAGAAUAAUCCUGGUGCAAUUUCCAUUAUAAAGUGUAUUUGUUUGUCAGGUAAUUGCUGUUAUGUCGAAACUUGCCGAUAUUAGGUUCAGCUUUUCUGUAAAAACUGCAACAAUGAUUGUAGCAUGAAUGGAUGUUUUCAAAAAAAAUUCCAAUACUUUUAUUUUGUAAAAAUCUAUUAGGGCUCAUUUGCUAAAAGAAUCUUCCUUCUUUGUAUUGCCAUACAUUCAUUUGUUUGUCCCUAAUACUUUCUUUUUCUUUUCUGAAUUAAAGUGUAUGUUGAGUUAGUCUAAA